AUGUCUUCUAAAGCAGUUGCAAUUAUCGCUGGCGUCGGUGCCGGCACGGGCGCAUCCAUUGCGAGACGUUUCGCUCAAUCAUACAAUGUGGUGGCCCUGGCCCGUAACCCAGAAAACUACAACGGCAUUGUCGAAGAGAUCACCGCCAGUGGUGGCCAGGCAGUCGGCAUCAGCGCCGAUGUUAGCGACAGCAGCAGUCUGAAUGCUGCCUUUGCUCAGAUCGAAAAGCAUUUCCCUGGCUCUCCAGUGGUGGCAGCUAUUUUUAAUGCAGGAGGGGGUUUCGUGAGAAAGCCUUUCCUUGAAUUGACAGAAGACGACUUUUCCAAGGGCCUUGAUAACCCAAAGGGUGGAUUUAAUUUCGCCAAACUUGCUCUGCCACUUCUACUCAAAGCAAAAGACUCAUCUGCCCACCCUCCAACCCUGAUUUUCACAGGUGCCACCGCAAGUGUUAGGGGAUCGCCAAAUUUCGCAUCAUUCGCAGCGGCCAAGUUCGCUCUCAGAGCGCUUUCUCAAUCUCUGGCGCGUGAAUUCGGGCCUCAGGGUAUCCAUGUGUCCCAUGCUAUCAUUGAUGGAGUUAUUGAUAUCCCUCGUACAAAGGCAUGGGUAUUCGAACACGAGGAUGCCAAGCUGAGCCCUGAUGCUAUUGCGGAUUCUUACUGGCAUCUGCAUACCCAGCCACGAUCUACAUUUGCAUUUGAGUUGGAUCUGCGACCCUAUGUUGAGAAGUGGUAA